CAUUCAAUUCCAUUUUUCUUUCAUUCCGAAACUCACUCACAGCACUCUCACAGAACUGUGUGAAACAAUAAGUCAUGUCUCUGCAAAUUCAAGAAGAAGAUUUGGGAACGUGUCCGAGCUUCAGCAGCUACUCCGCCGGUACAGUCUCCGACGCCGCCAGAAGAGCCGCCGGCGAGUUCUCCGGCGGAUCAUGUCCUGACUCCGACCGCUCGUUCUUCGAUUUCGAUCCAUCSCCGUCCGUGAACAAAGCAGAGGAAGCAGACGACGACGAUUUUGAAUUCGUCUCGCUCCARAAAUUUGGCGGCGGUCCGAUCGCUCCGGUGUUUCCGAUUUUCGAUUCCGAUCUUCUGUUUGAGGAACGUCAGGUUCGAGGAGCGGAGAUCGAUGAUCGAGAUCCGGUAAUCGUGCAGCAGAUUCGAAUUCCGUUGGAGAAGCUUAUAAUCAGAGAUCGCGAUAACGAUCCGCCGUCGCCUUCAUCGUCGUCGUCGUCCGCGGCGGACGAAUUGGAAGGAAUUCCGUCUGGAACGUACUGCGUGUGGAAACCURAAUCCGUCGGAACGCCAAAUCUGCCGUGCAAGAAGAGCCGAUCCACCGGAUCGUCGUCRACGAAGCGGUGGGGGAUCCGAGACCUCCUCCGGAGGAGCCACAGCGACGGAAAGAAUUCGUACGUCUCCUUCACGCCGUCGACGAUUUCAGCCGCAACGAAGAAAUCAAAAGAAAUCAAAUCGGAGACGAAACCGGCGAAGGAAUUGAAGGAGAAGAAAGUUCAUUCCGGUGACGUCGCCGAAAAAUCGAGCGGCCGGAGAUCCGCCGGAGAUCAGAAGAGGAUAUUCUCGGCGCACGAAUCAUUCUACGUGAGGAAUCGAACCUUGAAAGAAGAAGGUAAGAGAAAAUCGUACCUUCCUUACAAGCCGGACCUGGUUGGUUUCUGGACGAACGUCAGUGGAUUGGGCAGAGCCGCUCCAUAAUGGAGCAUUUAAUUUUGCAAUUUCAAGUUCUGAUCAUGAGGUUCAUUCAUCUUUCUACAUCAAAAUGUUUAGAUAUGUAAAAUGGAAAAAUAAAAGGGAUUGAUGAACAAGUUUUUAKUUCAUCUUUUGAAUAUAAACUGAAGAUUUKUAUAAAGUUAAAUUAUAUUUGGGAUUCCA